AUGCUGUUGUCUUUUGUUCUGCCGUUCUUGGGUAGUAGUAGUGAUCGAUCGAUGCCAAGAUCCUCACCAAUGUCCUCGCCGGCUUGCAACCAUGCCUCCAUCGCAUCCGCCAAGCUCUUUGUUUCAACGCCCUCACCGACCGUUUGCCGAGCUGUGUACCGCUGCAACCUUCCUACUAGUCCCUAUUUGAUCGAGGCCAAAAUUCCUCAACGUCCUCGUCGUCUCGUCACAGUACCUCCGCCCGCUCCUCCGAGCUCUACACCGCUUGACAGCUCCAGCUUUUCCUCCGACAACGCGAUCGCGCUGUGGUCUUGCCACCAGUUGAGCUCAAGCGAUGGCGAGAUCCGUAUCCGACAAACUCCCUUCUUCUCUCCUCCGUUUGUCCGACAAGCACAGCAGCACGACGCCUCCCUAUUUGGUCGAUCAUCGUCCUUCCUCGAAGCUCCUCCCCUUGAUCCUUGA